UUGCAGCUUCGCUCACUGCUCCUCGUUGUUCAAUUCACGCUUCUCACUCUAGACAAUCGUCAUGGAGACAGACAGCAGACAGGAAGUCGAGCAGGGCCAGAUCAGCAACAGCAACGAGGAGAAGCUUGGGGAUGCAACAGACAUGGGAAGAAGCGAUCUGGAGCAAGGUCACCACUGUCCCAACAAAAAUGUUCCUGACAGUGCAGAAGCUGCUAGGGACGAGGCAUUCCUCGUCACCUUCCGCCCUGAUGACCCUGAGAAUCCCCUUAACUGGUCCAAAAGUCUCAAAUGGGGAGUCACUGCGGCAGUAUCUGGCACUGGAUUUGUCCGUAUUAUGGUUUCGACGAUGAUGGCUCCUGCAAUCGACACCAUGGCAAAAGAGCUGAAUAUGUCCAUCACCGAGUCGACCAUGGCAUUGUCCGUGUAUCUUUUAGCGACGGCAUUUGGACCGCUAAUUAUCGGUCCUCUGUCUGAAGUCUAUGGCAGGAAGCCCAUUUUUCACAUCACGAACGUCUGGUUCCUGGCCUGGAAUUUGGCUUGCGGAUUUGUCCACUCCAAGGGUCUGCUCAUCUCCGCUCGUCUUCUGGCUGGAUUCGGCGCCAGUGCAGUGUACAGUCUGGGGUACGGCGUGCUUGGGGACGUGUGGUCGCCGGAGCAGAGAGGGCGCUCGCUGAGUUUAUAUCUACUUAUUCCCUUAACGGGCUCCGCCGUUGGGCCUAUCGUGAGUGGUUUUAUUGUGAAAUAUUCUACUUGGCGCUGGAUGUUCUGGUCGACCGCCAUUCUCCAGGUCGUCCUCGAAGUAUCCUCCUGCCUUCUAUUCCACGAGAGCUACGCGCCGCUCCUCCUCCGUCGUCGAGCAGAGAAGCUCCGCAAAGACACAGGCGACCCCCGUUACCACGCCGAAGUCGAGACGCAUGAAUUCGGCCGUUCAACUUUGUGGCAGCUAAGCCACAGUCUGUCUCGCCCACUGCGUCUGCUAGCAUUUCACCCCAUCAUUCAAAUGCAGGCUAUCUUAGAGGGUAUCGAUUACGGCCUGCUUUACUUCGCACUGAGCUCUUUCUCCUCCCUCCACGUCUCGGCGUACCGUGAAUCUAUUGAAAUCUCCGGCCUCCAUUACAUCGCCAUCUGCGUCGGCACUAUCUCCGGCUCUCAGCUCUGUGGCCCGCUAAUGGACUACGUUUAUCGGAGACUAACGAGUAACACCGGCGAGACCCAGGUCCCUGAGCUUCGGAUUCCGCUUCUUCUCCCGGGCGUUUUCUUCACGCCCAUCGGCUUCCUGCUCUACGGCUGGGCCGCGCAGUAUUAUCUCUUCUGGCUCGUCGUCGACAUCGGCGCCGCAUUAUUGUCUCUAGGAAUGCAGAUCUUCGACACGACGCUGCACGCGUACGUCAUGGAUGCGUACCUCGAGCAUGUGAGUUCAGCAUCGGCCGCGACGCAGGUUCUGAGGAGUCUGCUGGCAUUUGCGUUCCCGCUGUUCUCUAAUAGUCUAUACGACUCGCUUGGGUAUGGCUGGGGGAAUAGCUUGUUGGCGUUCUUGUCGAUUGGCAUCGCAUUGCCGGCGACUGGUAUUCUUUGGCGGUAUGGGGCCAACCUGAGAAGUAGGCAGCAGUCGAGCUAUUAGGAAACAUGGUUAUGGGUUGCAUCAAUGUAGGGACGGCGCUGCCGGGGAGAUUUUAAAGCUCAUGGACGAACCAAAUUUAUUGAAAACUCGUUAUGGAUGCUCAUGUAGGACAACCUCCAGUAUAGUCGUGG